AUGUUGCGCUGGAGUCUGCAACUUUCUGCAUACAACUACGAACUUUUGUACGUACCAGGCUCCAAGUUGCCACAUGCCGACGUUUUCAGUCGUCUUCCGCUUCCUGUCAGGCAUGAGCACGAGCCACCGUUGGGAGACAUUUUACUGCUUGAAGCAGUGCCGGAAGUUCCUUUGGAUUCUACCAAGAUCGCAGCAUUGACGCGUACAGACCCUGUUCUGUCGCGGGUACAUCGCUGGAUUUUGCAAGGUUGGCCUACCACGAAGGUGCACGAGGAAUUCCGUCCUUUGGUGGCCAGGAAGAACGAACUGUCCACCUACCGCAAUUGUGUGCUGUGGGGGUCUCGUGUUGUGAUUCCAAGUUCUGCACAGGCCCUAGACAUCCUACACACCACGCACCCAGGCGUAGUACGGAUGAAAGGUCUUGCACGCAGCACCGUGUGGUGGCCAGGCAUUGACAAUCACAUAGAGCGCAAGGUAGCUGGCUGCCAAGUAUGCCAAGAAACUCGGCAAGCUCCCAGUAAGGCACCGGUGCACCCAUGGGAGUUCACUAAGAACCCUUGGUCACGUUUGCACAUAGAUUUUGCCGGUCCCUUCAAGGGAAAAGUGUUUCUGCUAGUCGUCGAUUCUCAUUCCAAGUGGCUGGAAGUUUCCCUGAUGGAAUCGAUGACGACAAGAGCCGUUCUUAAAGAACUUCGGUCAAUGUUUGCUCGUUUUGGCAUUCCCGAAGUGUUAGUGUCGGACAAUGGAACUGCGUUCACGUCAGAAGAAUUCGCCGAGUUUGCAAACAGAAACCGAAUUCGGCACAUUAAAGUCGCGCCCUAUCACCCCUCAUCGAAUGGUCAGAUAGAGAGGAUGGUUCAGGAGACGAAACAAGUCCUGCGUAAGUUGUCGGAGGGAGACUGGGCCACCAAGCUGUCUCGUUUCUUGCUGGGCCAGCACAUUUUACCCAGUACAACUACAGGGAAGAGUCCCGCUGAACUGUUGAUGGGGAGACGACUGCGAUCGGCCAUUGACCGUCUGCAUCCAGACUUUCACAUGGUUGGGUCGUCCCUUCAGCAUUACUUCAGUGAUGGUUCUCAACGUGUUCGGCAUUUCUAUCCAGGCGACGCUGUGUAUGCACGGAACUAUCAAGGUAGCACCAAGUGGGUCCCCGGGUCCAUUGCUUCAGUCACCGGACCCCUCUCUUACCAAGUUCGUCUGUCCGACGGUAGCUUAUGGCGAAGACACGUCGAUCAGCUCCGCAACCGGGCCAGCCCACUGGACCUCGGUGAAGCUGACAGUGAUACUUGUGGGAACUCAGCCGAUGGUGAUGACCUCGCUGUGACUGGCCAGGACCCACCACUGCCAAGAUUGAGUGACACUUCACCCAUAUCAAGUCCAUCUAGCAGUCCCGCCCCUGGACCCGACGGUCCUGAUGUACCUGGAAGCCUUUCACAGGAGCACGGCUCUUCCAGCCAACUUCCAACAACCGAGGCUUCUAGAUACCCUCGACGUGAGAGGAAAGCCCCUCAGCGUUACCGGGACUACAUUCCGUAA